AUGGCCUCCCAAAAGAUAACCAAUGCCCUAGCGGCCAUCGAAUCCAACACACAUCAAGCAACAAAGCUACAACAAUACAAAGAACUGCUCAAUGACAUGGUAACAACCUCAACCGGUCACGAACUCGCACAAGACCUAGUCUACUUCCUCGACUCAAUCCUCAGCGAGGAAGUGAGCAUUGUCGCCGCCCGCCCCCUCCUCGAUAUAUUCAUCACAGUCCUCCAAACCCUCACCCCAGAAACAAAAAUCAAAGUCGGCCAACACGCCAUCACCCUCCUCCAAACACGCUCCGCCUCGGUCGAAGAACAAGACUCUCAGAUCCGCGAGAUCCUCGCCGACGCCUACGAAUCUCAAGAGGAAUACACCGCCGCAGCGCGCGCCCUUCAGGGCAUCCACAUCGAUAGUUCGCAACGACUAGUCUCGGACGCCGCCAAAGCCCGUCUCUGGAUCCGCAUCGUGCGCUACUACCUCGAAGACGACGACACCACCAACGCCGAAGCCUUCCUCAACCGGAUUAAGAAUCUGCCCUCUAAAAUCGAAGAUCACGAUGCAAAGCUGUAUUUCCAGCUCUCCCAGGCCCGCAUCCUCGACGCCCGUCGCCGCUUCCUGGACGCCGCCCAGGAGUACUUCAACGUGAGUCUAGCGCCGGGCGUCGACGAAGAAGACCGUCUUACAGCGCUGUCCGCGGCUAUUCGCUGCGCUGUCCUCGCGCCCGCAGGCCCACAGCGCUCCCGCUCGCUUGCCCGUCUGUACAAAGACGAUCGCACGCCCUCUGUCGAAGAAUUCGCCAUCUUGGAGAAGAUGUUCCUCGACAGACUCCUGACUUCCGAGGAAGUCUCUGCGUUCGCGAAGAAGCUCGCCCCGCACCAGCUUGCUCUCACUUCGGAUGGCACGACCGUCCUCGAUAAAGCGGUUAUCGAGCACAACCUCGUUGCAGCGAGUAAAUUAUAUGAGAAUAUCCAUGUCGAUGCCCUGGGCUUGAUUCUGGGUCUGCAGGCCUCCGGUGAUUUGUCUGCUGGCGAAAAGGCAGAGGCCUAUGCGGCGCGUAUGGUUGAGCAGAAACGUCUGCGUGGCCGUAUAGAUCAAAUUGACGGGAUUAUCUCUUUUGAUGCUGAGAUUAUCGGAGGCUCCUCUGCGGGUACUUCAAAUGGAACUAAGUUGAGGCAGUGGGAUCUUGGUGUGCAGGAUCUUGCGGAGGAUGUGGAGCGUGUUGCGGCUAGUAUCUCUGAUCAGUUCCCGGAAUUUGCUACGAGCCAGAUGGUGCAUUGA